AAAGAAGCCGAGCGGGCGGAAGGCGCCCUCCCCGCCGCCUGGGCCCGGGCACCGGGUGCCGGGCCCUGGGUCCUUCCCGCCUCCCGCAGCUGCCGGCCGCUUUGUUUUCCCCGCCUUUGCGUUUCGGGCGACUCGAGAGGGGCUCCUGCUGGCGCUUCGCAGGGGAACGCGGCGGCAAGAAGGACGGCCGACCGAGCCGGGACACGCAGGGACCCAGGAGUCCGGCCGCCGGGAGGGCCGCGUGACGAGAUCGAAGAGGGAGUCAGAGCUCUGCGGCCCUGGGUUGCGGGUCGGGGGCGCCUGUGAGCAGAGACCUCCCCGUCGAGGGGGGGCGAUGUUCCUCUCGCCCGUGGGCUUUUCGGGCAGCCAGGGCAUUCCGCCGUUGGGACCGGGGCCCCCUCAGUGGGCAUCACCUCAGGCUGCUCCAUGGAGACUCUGUGCCCCGCUCCCCGCCUGGCAGUGCCGACGUCCCCACGAGGGUCGCCCUGCUCCCCCACACCCCGGAAGCCGCGUCGGGGGACCCAGGAGUUCUCUCCGCUAUGCUUGCGUGCCCUUGCCUUCUGUGCCCUCGCCAAACCCCGGGCGUCCUCUCUGGGCCUGGGGCCUGGGGAGGUGGAGGCGCGGGCCCCGGUGCUGCUGGGCCCUCGUGCCCCCCUGUGCACUGGUGGCUGGGCCCCGGAUGGCUUGAAGCGCACUGGGGGACAGGCUGGGCCGUCCAGCGAUCCAAAGUCCCCAGCCAGCAAGGAUGCCGAUGUCGCAGUGUACCCGAGUGCGGGAGAGGAGGAAGAGGGCAGAGGCAGUUUCUCUCACUUCGGCGUUCGCUCCUGUGCAUCUCCGGACCGCUGCCCCGCGCCCCGGCGCCCACGGGAAUCAACGACCAGCUUCGCCUCGGCCCCGCCUAGGCCAACCCCGGGGCUUGAGUUCCAGCCUGGCCCAGCUGCCAGUCCGCCUCAGGAGCCCAGUUCCCGGCCUCAGUCGCCACCUGUGGGCCUCUCCACUGAGCCCGCGGAUCCCGGGGUGCCGCCGGAGCGGUCUCUGCCGAACGAGACAGUCGCAGUGGAUGGAAACCCCUCGUCAGCCGCCCCCGAGGCACCGGCCGCCAGCCCCUCGACGGCCAGCACAGCUCCGGCCACGCCGGGCGAUCUCCGCCAGGAACAUUUCGAUCGUCUGAUCCGCCGGUCGAAACUUUGGUGUUAUGCGAAGGGCUUUGCCUUGGACACUCCUAGCUUGCGCCGGGGGCCUGAGAGGCCAUUAGCUAAAGGACCGCCCCGGGGAGCAGCCAAGAAACGUCGGCGGCCAGCGCCUCCUCAGCGCAGCGCGCAGAUCCGCCGUCCUGCACCGACGCUCCCCACCUCGAGCACCUUCAGCCUCCUCGACUGCUUCCCCUGCCCCCCAGCCCUGGUGGUGGGAGAGGAUGGAGACUUAGGGCCAGCAUCCUCGCUUCGCCUCCAGGGAGACUCAAAGCCUCCGCCUGCCCACCCGCUGUGGAGGUGGCAGAUCGGGGGUCCUGCUGUCCCUGAGCCCCCUGGCCUCAAAUUCUGGGGGAUCAACAUGGAGGAAAUCUGAGCUUGGGACCUCUUCCUUAAGGGGGAAAAAUUGGGGCCGUGGCCAAACUGUAGGCUCAAGGAGAGAGCCCCGUUCCUCACAUUUGCUUGUCCCCUUCCUUUAUGUUUUAUGGGCUGUGGAUAGAGGGCCCUCAAAUGACAGUGAUCUUCAAGCACCUAAUUGGUUGGGGGUGACAUUCUCUACCCCUCAUCCUUUGCAGAGGAACCUAGGGCUGGAGAUGGGAGAAGGCUUAACCGGAAAAAAAAAGUUGAAUGACGCAGAUUCCAUUCCCUCCCCUCUUCCAACUUGGAUAUCUGGGGGCAGGGCCUUCACCCCAGUGGUAGUAAAGGAGGCUACCACUCAAAGACCAAAGUAGGGGGGGAGAGGAGAGACCUCUGUGAUGGACAAACCGGUUGUUUCUGUGUCUAUGGAAGGCUGGGGAUGUGGGGGCUGUGGUGGAGAUAGGGAGGUGAUUGGCAGCUCCCUGGGGGUAUCCCCACCCCCAACGUCCAGGCCUUUAACCCUUCACUGUCCUUAGGCCUUCCCUAUUGCUCUUAGCACCACCUGAGUCUUAAUGGGGGAGGGAGCAGUUUGAGCAAGGGAAAGAUCAACCCUUUCUUGUUCCCUUCCUAGGCCCCCCAGUUCAAGUGACCUCUAAUUGGUGAGAUCUUCAGUCUCAGUCACUAACCUUUCCUUUUUGUCCAGUAUCAGAAGCCCUUCGAUUUUCCCUGUUUGCUUUCAUUUUAUAAGGUUUGGUGGGUAAAAGAGACCCCCCUCCUCCAGUUUACUCCUCACUGUUAAAGACCUUCUGCCCUGAAAGUGCAGACUUUGCCUGGGGAAGGGACAAGAAACUGUCCCAGGGAAAGUAGUGGAAGGUAGAAGAAAUCAAUAAAAUCAGACCAAACGAGUCGCCUUUCGAGGUCCUCUCCACCGAUUUAUGGAUAGGAGGGGAUGGAGGUAGACGGCAGGCCUAAGUCCAUUCUUUGGAUACCCAAACUCAACUCCCUUAAAGGAUGGAGACAAAACAAGCUGUUCUUUGCAGAGAGAGAAAAUGAAAAGGCUCUUGGCCCUACUGCAAAGGGUCCACUGGGGUUUGAAGAGGCAAAGUUUGGGUUGGGAUGAGACCUGGGUAGAAGUACCUUCAUCUUCUCCCCCACCCCCCAACUUUAGGCAUUGCGGGAGUUGUCAGGAUCUGACCGAUUGGAAGGGGGCAGGGCCAGGAGUUUAGGUUUGGGGUCAGAGAUUCUGUUUUCUAGGGAAGGGGAGAGAGGCCUGGAUCACACCCUCAGCCCCUCAGGCUAGGAGGAUCCCCUUGAGUCAGAGAGGGAUGCAAUCACUUUCUCUUCCACCCAGGUGAGGUCUGGGGAGGUUAGGUCUUAGGGAAGUUCCAAGUUGAGGUGUGAAGGGAAGCUGGGGGGGGGGGUUUGAGGGACCCAGUGACCCUUCUGUGUGCACUAGUGAAUAGCAUCCCCUCUUUCCCUUAAAACGGGGUGAGGGAGGAACAAUUCCCACAUACUAUGCUGGGGAAGGACUUGUCUCCUUUUCUGUGAAAAUGCCUUGUAAAAAGUUGUUAUUGUUUGCAUAGAGCAGAUUCUUGAGAAAAACUGUUUUGGACCACAAAAGUUUUGUUUGUUUUAAAAA